AUGGCAGUCGCCGAGAACUCGUCGGAACGAAGCAUGAAGAUAGUGUACCACAACGUGCAGUGGGCGGACUACACCCGCCUCGAGGAGAUUUCGAUGCAGACGGCCAAUAUCGACGUCUACGUGGCUAUAGGGACGGGCAGGGCGGCGCGAGACGACGAUUACACGAAGUGCCAGCUGCCGAACCAUCAAUGUAUCCAAUUUGGGUGGAGAAAGGCGGCUGGCGUCAACAACUCGUGUGGACCGGCAGUACUACUGAAUAAACGGCUCAGUGGCAGGAUCCAGAGAGUAGUAUCGCCCCCUACGAAGGGUGGCAUCACAGGGCGGAUUGGCAUGAUUACAGUAAGCGUGGGCACAAUAGACGUGGCGCUGUUCCCUACAUACAUACCACCGCGGGGCAUGGCCGUCAACACCCACAAGGGCAUCACGAGAAAUAUUCUCAAGUGGAUUCAAGGCGAGCUGGACAAGCUGGGGCACAAUUGCCUCCCCAUCAUACUGGGUGACUACAACUGCGCUUUUGGAAUACGACGAGAUACGACAGGGAGAAAAUACAUAGAGGCCACCGGGUCCACUGGCAUCGAAGAGCCCGCCCUGGAGAACACCACCAGCACGCAAGUGCGGGAAUUUUUGGACGACAACCACUUGGCGAUCGCGGACACAUUUACACGGACGGGGCCCACCUACUACAGAGGCGCCCACACAAGCAAGAUAUACCACGUUGCCAUACCAGCGACAGCACUGUGCAGGGUUCGCCAAAUCAACCCAUUGUUAGGACUGGCAAAAAGGCUGCCGCUACACGUCUCCACGCAUUUGACCGACCACGUGCCGAUUUACAUGAACAUGGACGCGCAUAUCGCCAAGACCCACAUCAGCAAGCUCACGCCACCCGCCAAACGCGACCUCAUGAUGAUCGCACUUACACGAGGCAGCGUUCAAAAGUGGUGGGAUAUGCUUUCUAACAACAUUCGUGAAGCUAUGCAGGAGAUAUUUCCCAAGCAGGAGCAGGACAUUAUAGGAUAUGACGAGAUGCGACAACAGCGGAUUCAACUGCUAGAGAAGCGAUCGCAGCUCCGAGCCGAUGCGCACCACACUGGCAGCACAAGUUACAUAGGCGAUGGUUACACGGAGUUCGAUCAGAUAGAGGAACAGCUCAAGGCCCUCUCACGGAAGUUGCAGGUGCUUCGACGGCGACAGAAGACGGAGAAAACGGAGAAGCUGGUGGAUCAGAUCAAAGAGGCGCUAUGCAUGCGCAUUGAUUGGCGAUAUCACGUGGGCGAGCACGGACAGAAAUACAACCCAGAGCACUUCAGCAGGCGGUACGACGACUUGCUUGCACUGAUCCGCCCGGUGUGGAGGCAGCCCCUCCACCACAAGCUGUUUCGCACGCUCUUCUUGUGCUUUGUGUGCAGCGCCGCGAUCGCGGGCCUCGCAGCGUUCGUAUUGCCAGCGGAGUUCACGGAUAAGUUAGACUCCGUGCAGGUCCGCAUGCUCCGCUACGUGAUGCACGGCAAAGCCAAAAACGAGUGCGAGGGCCGAGUCAGCGACGGUGGAGAAGCGGACGACGACAGCAGCAUUACAGACGAGUACGCGUGCACGCACGAGAUGGGGGAGGAGGGCGAGGGCAGAAGCUGCGGAAUGACAUUCACGACGGUCAAGGCACUCACGGCGCACAUCACGCACGCGCACCACAUGCGCAACCUGCACUCCAUGAUCAUCAGCACGAACGUGUGUCCAUGUCAGACGGCGGAGGCCGCCGCGGCGACCCUGGCGCCGCGCCAGAAGCAGCCGCGUGGAGGGCCGAAGAAGGCCACUGGCAAAGAGAGUGGCUCAGGCGACCACAACGACGAAGAGAUCGUGCUGAUGCAGAAGCUGACGCUCAACAACGCGCAGAUGAUCAGGCAGCUGUCAGGCAGCCUCUGGGACUUCUUCCGGAUCCCAGGAGAGCACUCAGCAGUGGCCGCCGCGGUGGCAGCGGGCACAACCUACGCGGAGAAGGCCAAGGAGAAGAACAACAAGGGGACCAACAAGACGAUCCUGACGGAGUUCCGCAUGCUGAUCGACGUGCUGGGCAUGCAGGGCUUCGGGGACAUCGUCUCCUACUUCAAAGUCAAGAAGGCCUACAGCGAGGACCAGAUCAACGCCAUCCGAGAAGGAAAUCAGGAGCCGCACGUCAAGAUCAGCCGCGCCACGCAGAUCGGGGACCUCAGGGCGCCCCCCUUCCGCGCGGGCAGGGCCCCGGCCGUUCGGCCUCUUUGCCCGGAGACGGCCACGAUGCCGAGGGACGGAGCGCCCCGCGGCGGCGCGGAGGGCCCGGACGCCCCCGAGCGGGCGGGGCUGCUCGUUCCAGCGGCCCGCCGCUCCCCGGGCGUGUGGCGGCAGAGGCGGCUGGCGCCGGUCGCUCUGGCUGCCCUGAUCGUGACCGCGGUUGCCGUAGUCGCGUGCCGCUUGGCCAGGGCGCAUCACAGGACAAGGAGCUCCUUUGUGUCGUCCGCUGCCGGCGAGGCCACCAGCCUGGUCGAGGAGAGCGGGGAGCCUGCGCCGCUGCUGUCAGAACGUCCGGAGAUAAUUGCCAGGGAGCGGCUGGAGAAAAUGUCGACUGGUGAGCUAAUCAGGCUCGCGAAGAAGCUCGAGGGAGAGGUGGCAGAGAUCGACGACGACAUGGACCUCUCCGUGGAGGAGGACCCUUGCCAAGUCCGCAGAGAUGAAGCACGCCGGUUGAAGGCCGCAAGGCUCCGUAGGUUGCAGGUUGAGAGUGAGAGUGAAGAAGAAGAGAAGGAGGUCGAGGAGCUUCUCGAGAAGGAGAUUGAAGACAUCGAGGACGAAGAAGACCCAUGCUCAUUGCCGGAGGAAGCGGCCCUGAAGGUAGAGGAGGUCUUUGACGAGGAGCUCGAGGCCGCCAAGUCGGAGAGCCAGGGAGCCCUGGACGAGGAGGUUGCCAAGCUGAAAGCGCUCCAGAGCUCUGAGGACUCUCAGAGCCCCCCGGUGUCCCAGACUGGGAAUCCUGUCGCCAGACCUACGGAAACGGCGGUGAGUAUCAAGGACGCCAACCUGACGCACCAGCACAUGGAUCCCCCUGUCAGCGCGAAUUGCUCCGCGAGCUACGAGGACUGCAGGUCAACCAAGUGCUGCUCCGACCCUGGGCUGCAGUGCUACGAGAAGAACAGGUGGUGGGCGAUGUGCCGGGCCCGCUGCAUCCCGGGCGCGCCCGACCCUGCCGAUGUCGACCCCGAGCGCUGGACCUGCAAGGAGUUCGGCGAGCGCUCUGCGGGCAAGCCGGUCGGCCCAGAGGAGUGCCACGACGCCCACGACAAUUGCGCAGGCUCGAAGUGCUGCGCAGAUCCUGGCUUUGCCUGCUUCGCCAAGAACGGCACGUUCGCGAGGUGCAUGCCGCAGUGCACGCCUGGGCCCCAGUAUUUCGACCUGGACGGCAAGGACCCGUGGAGCUGCCGCCAGAUCGGUUCCGCGGCGCUCUCCACCGUUGGCAACUGGACGGGGGCCAAUUGCUCUGGAGACGCGGAGGACUGCCGCGAGAGCGGAUGCUGCGCCACCAGCGGCUUCCAGUGCUACGAGGUGGACGGCCGGUCGGCCCAGUGCAGGCCGAAUUGCUCUCAGAAGGGCGGGAGCCCGUGCACCGAGCUGGGCUACCGGACCCCACCGCCCCCUGCCGAGGUGCCCACCGGGCCUCUCGGCGGGAGGAUCGGCCGGUGGCCCUGGUCAAGGACUCGUGCUCCAAGGACGGAGAGGACUGCAGCGGCACCUCGUGCUGCGUCGGCAGGGGGAGGCAGUGCUACCAGAGGGACAGCGAACACGCGACCUGUGCGGACGAGUGUCGUGCGAACAGCACCUGGACUUGCAAGGAGCUCGGCACCCGAAGCUGGGGUCUUGCGUUCGCAGGCUAUCCUUCGCUGUUCUGCUUCAUGCUCGUGA